AUGCAGAUGCCAUUAUCACUUUCCUCUCCUUUGGGCCAGUUUGGAGCCAAUCAGGCCAGCUGGCUGAUGCAAGAUGGGACGUCCACGUGGUACCACGAAAACAUUUCCAGAGAAGCCGCUGAAAAUUUGCUCCAGAACAAACCUCUAGGAUGUUUCCUAGUACGAGCAAGCCAGCGUCAUGGGGGCUACACACUGACCUACAGAGCCAGGGACUGCUGCCGCCACUUCAUGAUCAAGCUUUUGCCUGAUGGCCGAUUGGUGAUCCCUGGAGAGAAGGGUAUCCAUUCAACACUAGUGGAGCUGGUCAGCUUCUACCAGAAAACUCCCUUCCAGCCCUACAUGGAACUGCUAACUCAGCCGUUUGGCCAGGAGGAUGAGUACUCCAACAUGGCAUUGGAUAUUAACACCAUACCAGUGAACAGCUCAUCUACCCACAUGCCCAAGCCCAACUCAUCUCUUCCCAUCAAUGUAUCCCUGAAACCUAUGCCGCUAUCUCAAAAAAGAAUGAUGGAGAUGCCCAAGGCUGACUCAUCCCAACCAUGGGUAAAACCUUUAGAGCAAUUGCCAGCCCUGGGUCAUGCCCAGAUGUCAGAGAAGGUUUUGCUCCAUGAUGCCCCACAAAAAAUCUGGAAGAACAUUAAGAAUCUACCUCAGGCUGGGAAGAAGAUAACAGAACAAAUAAAAACCCAUCUCUCAGGUGUGAAGCUCUCCUUCCCUUCUUCAGUAGUAGCUGACAGCCAUGUAGAGGGCCAAGCCAGGGAGGCCCCAGGUCCAGAGGGAGAUGGAUCUGCCACCCAGGUGGAAUACAAUCGGCUUCCAAAACACACCUCUCACCCCAAGAUUCAAGAUCUCCACCUGCCUCCAAGGAAAAUGUUUGGGACAUCAAUUACCCCCAUUCCAACUUCUAAAGAUGCCAUCUUGCCUACCCCUAGAAGGGGGGUGAUCUCAGGGACUAUACACCAGCGUAGACCCAGGCCAACAGUUAAUUCCUCUUUCCCUGAGGAAUACCAUCCACCCCCACCCUUUGCCCCAGGGUACUGA